GAUACCCUUACACUCCCUCUGACCUAGAGCACUUGACUAAUAAGACUGCAUUGUUUUUGCUAGAUUAUUUUCACCAAGUCUUCCAAAAUAUCAAUGCUAUCACCAAGGUUGAAGUAACAUGCUUACCAACAAGUUACAGCACCGGAUUCCCUCCCUCACCAGGUCUUUGUGAUGAUUGCCAUAAAAUUUUAGAUGAAAAUGAUGCUGAGUACUAUAAAAAUGGAAUAAACAAAAAUGUUAGUUCAUUUUUGCAUAGACUUGAAAAAGAGAAACACAAAAUUGCAUCCAAUUUACAAGAUGCAUUAGAUUACAUAGAUAAAUGGUAG